AUGGCCCCUUGCCUGACUGCAGGCUCUGCUCGGGUGAAAACCGACAAGGAUGGACCGGCGUGUACCUCCUCUGGCGAUGAGGAUUGCAUCAUCGUGGGCUUUGUAAAACCCCUAACUGAAAGGAAUCCAGAGCUGGUCAAGCUGUCCUCUGACUCAGAGGAGUCUGUUCUGGAGGAGAGCAAAGACGAAGUGCCCAGGCUGCUUCAACACAUCCGCUUCACCAGCCUUAGCCCCGCCUCCUCUCAAGGCCAAUGUCCAGGGAGGGCAGAGGGGAUGGAAAGGGAGCAAGAUGUAUCGUGCUCCAAGGAGAGACGUAACACCUCACCCUCAAUUAGACGUGAGACAUCCAGUAAGUCAGCAAGCAAAAACAGCGGACAAACUGAGAAAGACGGCAGGAGAUGUCAAAGUCGCGAUAGAUCUAGAGAGAGGCCACGUUCGAGAAGCAGAGACCAGAGGAGGAGGUCCAGGAGUGCCGACCGCAGCCGCUCAACCAAGAGCAUGGCCAUCUCCAUCAACAGCGAUAGCACUCUGUCCAGAGGCAGGAGCCGGGAGAGUGAGAAGGACAGCAGCGCCACACUCUACACAGAGAGGAGGUCCUACUACUCCAGCUCACACAGGAACAUCGAUUGCAGGUCCCCAUCCUGGAGCCAGAGUCCUGAUUUCCACCGGCGGGAUAAGAGGCGCUCCAGAAGUCGUUCCAGCACGUGUUCGCCGUCCGGUGCUCACAGGAAGUCUCGUCACGAGAAGCCCAGCGGGAAGAGAAAGUACAAAUCGAGACACCUGGAGGAACCUGACCCCAAAGACAAGUCUUCCAAUGCCCUUGACGAGCCUCCCUCCUCCACCACCUCGUCCUGUAUGAAAGACAAGAAGAAGAAGAAGAGCAAAGAGAAGCGUCACAGGAAGUCCAAGGAGAAGUCGGGGGGGAAAAGGAGCAGGAGCCUCAGCGUGGAGAUCAUCUAUGAGGGCAGCUCCUCAGAGCAAACCAGGAAGCACCAGAAGAAGAAGAGGAAGAAGCACAAGAAGAAGGGCAAGAGGCACAAGAGCAAAGAGCGCACAGGGUCCGGGAAACACUCGCCCACUGUCAUCACCAUAGACAGCGACAGUGACCAACAUACUGCCGCAGGCGCUAAUGAUGCUAACCACACCUGCCCGGUAAGCAGCAGCACUAGCAACUACGUGCUAGUACCUAGCACAACCACCACCACAGGCAACCCUGCAGACUCUGGCCUGCUGGAGUCCAUGUUACAAGACUGGGAACAGCAGAUUCCACCUGUGGGUCUGGACAGUGGAGUGUUGGAGGUCAAGCCUCCUCUAACUGCUACUGCUACUACUGACACACCCACACAUAGUGAGGGGGUUCUGUCCCAAUCUGCCUCUGUGGAUGAGGUGAACUCUCAUAGCCCUUCAAAUGACAACACAAGUCAUUCUUUGGAAGAAUCAUAAUGCUGGUGGGUAGGAAGACAUUUUAUUUACCUUUAAAAGUUAGUUUUACACAUCACUAUGCAGGAUAUUUGAUAUGUACUGUUCUGCCAAAAGGUGCUCUUUCAUUUGGGAUGUGCCACUUUGCUGUAUGAGGUAAAAAAUA